AUGAAUACUUUAACUUUAUUUCUAACUAUUCCAUGUUUUAUGGCAGUAACUGAAUGUUGUAUGCGAAUGGUUCCGCCGGAUGAUGUCUAUAUACCUAGUACCCUGGCUCCUGGGGAAAGUACAAUGGCUCCGGUGACUGUUCAUACCACAAUAGCUGCAGAGGAAACCACUCAGGAAAUGUUGACAACGCCCGCAAUGGAGUCUUCAACUGUGACAGAAAAAUAUUGUGCAGUUAGUGCAGCUAAGUGUCCGGAUUUGGCGUCAGUGGUCUCGGCCAAUGUAGUCAUGACAACUGACUCGGACGGUUGCAUUGAGCUCACAUGUGAAAUUGGUGAUUUUCCAAUUGCUGUUGCUGCAUUUGCUGAUAGUGAAAUACCGCCACCUACAGCAGCAGCGGAUGAACUUGGAAUUCUUCCACCAAACAGUCCAGAACAAAUUGUCCUUGGGUUGAAUGCAUACUAUGGGCUUGUGUGUGAUAAUGAUAAAUUGAGGGCCACGGAAUACCCAGAAGUUGUUAUUAAUAAAAUUUCAGCUACAAAGAUGUAA